UAUCUAUAUAGAUCGAUGAAUUGAAGUUAAAUUAAAUUCGAUUUAAUUCCGUCUUAGUCUCAACAGUUUCUUGUCAUCAGUUGCAGGUUUAAGGCUUGAAGUGUUGGUUUUGUAUUAAAAUGGAACAUAACAAACGGUAUAACAGUAGACAUGACAUGAGAAAAAGGCUACAGAAAGCAGAAAAGGCAGACGAGGCUUCUGUUCUUGAGGAAUUUGCAGAGGAAUUUCGCCUACCCAUCCAUCAUAGACCGACGGAGAACGUGAAUCUUGAUAAUGUUGAACAAGCAUCUUUAGAUACUCAAUUAACAUCUACGAAUGUUGGUUUUCGACUUCUUCAAAAGAUGGGUUGGAAAGGGAAAGGUCUUGGAAAGAAUGAACAAGGAAUAACUGAACCCAUCAAGUCUGGAAUAAGAGAUUCAAAACUAGGUGUUGGGAAACAAGAGCAAGAUGAUUUCUUUACAGCAGAAGAGAAUAUACAAAGAAAGAAACUUGACAUUGAACUUGAGGAGACCGAAGAAAUUGCAAAGAAACGAGAGGUUAUAGCAGAUCGAGAGCAGAAAAUUCAAACUGAGGUCAAGGAAAUACGGAAAGUCUUCUAUUGUGAGCUUUGCAACAAGCAGUACAAAUUAGCAGUUGAAUUUGAAGGUCACCUGAGCUCGUAUGAUCACAAUCAUAGAAAGCGUUUUAAAGAAAUGAGAGAAAUGCAUGGAAGUAGCAGUCGUGAUGAUAGACAAAAACGUGAACAACUACGUCAGGAGAAGGAGAUGGCCAAGUUUGCUCAGAUGGCUGAUGCCCAUAAGCAGCAACAGCAGCAGCAACAGCUACAACAACAGCAAGAGGACUCAGAGAAAAGUAAUCAUCCUUUGAAAAAUACGACUAUUGUUGCAGAUCAGGAUCAGAGGAAGGCUUUGAAGUUUGGGUUCUCAUCAAAAGUCGGUGCAUCUAAGAAUACAGGAAAAAGUGCUGCAAAGAAGCCGAAAGUCCCUAUUGCAUCAGUUUUUGGCAAUGAUAGCGAUGAAGAGUAGUGGAUGAAGAGUAGUGGUUUCCCUGCUAUGUAAUUUGCGAAUCUGGAGUGCUGUCAUUUGCGAACAUGUGUUGUAUUUGUAAACUUAUGAUCAUCUCUUUUAGCAUGGAGUCCAUACUCAUACUUGCUAGCUGUGUUCUUCUCAAUACAACUGAAUUAUCUGCA